AUGGCUUCCCUGAACCGGUCUGCCACCGCCCUUCUCCCAUCCCCGGCUACGUCUACUGCUCCGAUAGAUGUCAGUUUGGGCUCGCCUGACACUGACGUCUCGCACGUCAACCCCAGCGAGACCGCGACGGCGGAACACGCCAUCCCGAGCGCGGCUGAGAGGAGGCCGCCGCCGUCUACUGCGACGGACACGGCCGCCGUGCAGCAACCACCCCUUUCACCCGCUGCUGCGGCAGAGAGCGCGUCUGGCUUCCUCGGCUCACCUGCAUUCGCGCCUCGCGGCAGCGCUGAUGGCGCCGCGCCCGUCUCGGAGUCUGACGCAAUCGAGGCGGCCUCGGAGCGUGCGGCGGAGGGCGGGUCGAGUUUGGAGAUCUCGGAGUGGGCUGAGUGA